ACAUGAAAUCGUUAGAUUGACGUUUCAAACUUUGUUUUGAGUAUCGAAAAAAAUUGAAUUACACCACAUACGCACCAUGGAUGCAGAAAAGGUAAAAACUGAAGAAUUUCAAUUGGAAGUGGACUCGGAGCUUCGUUUUGAAAUUGAAACGCGCAACAGAAAGGUUGUAGUGGAGCUGAAAGAAGGUCAAGCCGAACUGUUUGGGACGGAGCUCGUAAAGGGUAAACAAUAUGAAUUCCAUACCGGUGCCAAAGUUGCUAUUUUCACAUAUCAUGGAUGCAAACUGUUGGUCAAAGGUGAAAUGGAUGUACAGUACAUUGCAAGAGAAACGCCAAUGGUCCAAUAUUUGAAUGCACAUGCUGCCGUCGAACAACUUCGUGUGGUGGCCGAUGAACAGAAUGAAAAUGGUCCAAUUGUAAUGGUUGUCGGGCCGUGUGAUGUGGGAAAGUCAACUGUUUGUAAAAUAUUAUUGAAUUAUGCGGUGCGACAGGGCCGAACACCGAUAUCAGUUGAUCUGGACGUAGGCCAAGGUAGUAUAUCAAUUCCUGGCACAAUUGGUGCUUUCUUAGUGGAACGCAUCGCCCAUGUUGAAGAUGGAUUCUCACAACAAGCACCGCUCGUAUAUCAAUUCGGCCAUCUCAGCCCCAGCGACAAUGAUGCAUACUACAAAUUAUUAUUAUCCAAAUUGGCCGAAGUGACGCACAAACGCUUACAAACCAAUAAAAAGAUUAGAAGUUCAGGCAUGAUAAUCAACACAUGCGGCUGGGUAAAAGGUGCUGGCUACAAGCAUAUUUUACAUGCCGCACAAGAAUUCCAAGUUGCCGCAAUCUUUGUACUAGAUCAAGAGCGUUUGUACAAUGAAUUGCUGCGUGAUGUACCAAAAUCGACGCAAGUUGUGUUCUUGCAGAAAAGCGGCGGUGUCGUCGAAAGAAGCCGCCAUCAACGAAGCGAAGCGCGUGAUUCCCGUAUUCGAGAAUAUUUUUAUGGUCGACGAACACCACUUUAUCCACACUCAUUCGAUGUGAAAUGGUCGGAUAUACAAAUAUGCAAAGUUGGCGCACCUGCUCUACCUGACUCAUGCAUGCCACUCGGAAUGAAAGCCGAAGGUAAUAAAACCAAAUUGCUGCCCACCCAACCGAGUCUUUCGAUUUUACAUCACAUUCUAGCGCUCACAUUUUGUGAAAGCAUUGAAGAAGAUGUCAUCAAUUCAAAUAUUGCCGGUUUUGUUUGCGUAACAAAUGUUGAUGUGGAACGGCAGACAAUUACGGUGCUGUCUCCCCAACCCCGACCAUUGCCGAACUGUAUUUUCCUGCUAUCCGACAUACAAUUUAUGGACAGCCAUUAAAAUCGAUACAUGCCACACGGUUAAAAUCAUUUCAUAUAAGUUAGAUACAUGAUAUUUGUACGUUUUCUAUGUGUUUACAACAAUUUUUUUUUAUUGAUUGAAUAAAUUAUUUUAAAAAAGAAA